CUGGGCCGCGAGGAAGUCGCAAGAUGGCUGAUGUCGCUUGGAAGUAAUGUUCCCCUCUGCAACAUGAAGCCGUGAGUGUGGAAGAAAGCGAGGGAGGCACCAUCGGGCUUUUAUUUUUCUUUUCUUUUAGUUACUUUUCUUUUAUUUCGUCAAACAUCCAUCUCAUUCCGCGUCGUGUCCGCCCCGGACUUGUCUUCGGGAGUUGACGCGUCAAAUCACGCCGGGGACCCUGCCAGCAGCUAACAGCUAGCCACACAGUUAGCAAAUGUUAGUACAGCUAGCCAGUGAGCCAGGCACACAGCUUGUUAGUUUGUUUUAAUUGAUAUUCUGACACCUGCGACCCAACAAGCUACCGCUACGCACGUGGUGACAUUUGCCCGAGGUAGUGCAAGAGUAAAUGUCAAAUACUGUAGCUGUCAGGUAGAAAUUAAGAUUUUGCAAGCUGCUCGGUUAACAUCAUGUCCGCGAACUGGCCAUCCAGCCUGUGGGUUGCUAACUAAUGCGCAGUAUUGCAUCUGAUUCAUGUGCACAAACCAGCAGAAUAACUGUUUUGUAGGCAUUUCUCGAUAAUAUCCACCACCUUGCUGCAUUUCCGUUAUUUGCUGCCAACUACAUUUUUGAAGCUGGUUGUGUUAAAGCCAAAUUAUGGGAUCAGGAAAAAUGUUGAACUUUUUCUGGUAGUAGGUAGCUACACUGGCCUUGCUGGCAUCUAACCAAAAAUCCACAGCGAUGGACACUAAACUGAGCACCCACGACCAAAACUGAGAAAUUGGCAUUUUGAUAUCUCUGGAUAAGUAACGCUAGCUGACACACUAGUUCAGCGGUGUAUGGUGACUCAUUUCAAUAGUCUGGGUGACAGAUAAGUUGUUUUGCAGGGUUAACUAAACUACAGUUAGUCACUACAUCGGAGACCAGUUAGCUUGCCUGAAGUGCACAGCUAGCUACAGUCUCGCCCCACAUCACAUUUCAAACACGGCGUACAGAACGUAUUCAGAGCCUGCUCCCGGCCAGACACAUAGGCUCAACAACACCGUCAUGGGAGUGCAGGGUUUUCAAGAGUAUUUAGAGAAGCGGUGUCCCGGGGCCGCAGUCCCGGUGGACCUCCUGAAGCUUGCCCGUACCGCGGCCCGCCAGCCCCCUCACCACCAUCACCCACACCACCACCCACAUCACCCCGGGCCCAUGCCUCCCCCGCCCCCGCCUGCCAGGAUCCUAAUCGACGCUGACUCCGGCCUGCAGCGCCUCUACGGCGGCUACCAGACGGACUGGGUGUGCGGGGGUGAGUGGAACGCCAUGCUGGGCUACCUGGCUGCUCUGUCACAGGCGUGCCUGUACCAGGGUGGCCUGGAGCUGGUCGUGGUUUUCAACGGCACACUGGGGAAGGAGCGCUGGCCCGAGUGGGCGCGGCGAGCUCAGGGCCAGAGACAGACGGCACAGCUGAUAGUCAACCACGUCGGCAGCAAGGCCACCCCGCCUCCAAGGGCAUGGUUCCUGCCCCCGGCCUGCCUCAGCCACUGCGUCCGCCUCGCUAUGUUCCGCUUCCGAGUGCGGGUUGUACAGACCUUGGAGGACCACCACCAGGAAGUGCUGUCUCUCUACAGGGACUUUGGAUUUGCUGGCCUGAUUGCUCAGGAUUCUGAGUUCGCCCUCUGCAACGUCCCCGCCUACUUCUCCUCACACGCGCUCAAACUGAGCUGGAACGGCAAGAACCUGACCACACACCAGUACCUGCUGUCUGAGGCCGCCAGGCAGCUCGGGCUCAAGACACAGCACCUGCCAUGCUUCGCUGCUCUGCUGGGAAAUCAUAUUCUGCCUGAUGAGGACCUGGCUGCCUUCCACUGGAGUCUGCUGGGACCAGAACACCCACUAGCUUCUCUCAAGGUGCGAGCCCAUCAGUUGGUGCUGCCGCCCUGCGAGGUGGUGAUCAAGGCCGUCUCAGAGUACGUAUCCUCCAUCAAAGACCUGGGAAACCUCGAUGCCAUCGCCAGAGAUGUCUUCAAACAGUCACAGUCUCGUAUGGAGGACAAGGUGGAGCGAUUCAAGAAAGCUGUGGAGUAUUUCUCAGCUGCCUCCAAACCACGCUCGCCCAACAUGGGGCCCUCGUCUUUCAUCUUACCUGGGUUUGGACCCAAUCCAUUUGGGGGACCACCUGGUCACAUGGGACCGAUGCAGCCUGGAAAGAAUCAGUUCCCACCUCCCCAGGUUCCAGGGUUUAAGCCACCCUAUCAAAAUGCUCCAUAUGGACCUGGCUCCACCCCUCUGUUCCAGAACCCACCGCCGCCGUCCCAAGACUGCAAUGAUUCACUGACGGGCAAGAUGGGCUUCUCUGAUUGGUCAGCUCCAUAUGAUUCCACUCAGGGGGGAAGUCGAUUACCCAACCAUCACACCAGCACUCAGUCUGGUCCCUCUCCGUCUCCUUCCUCGUCAUCAGAUGGAGAUGAACCCAACGACAAUAACACAAACCAUUUGACAGACAAGCCCUCUCGGUGGGAGGAUCCUGCCGGAAGGGGGGGCUCAGCCUCUGGAGACGGUUCCCAAGGCAACGGGAGCGGGUCAAACAUUCCGUCACUGUUGUCUAUGGCGACGCGGAGUCACAUGGACAUUACCACACCCCCUCUGCCUCAGGUCAGUGCUGAGGUUCUUCGUGUAGCCGAGCACAGACACAGAAGAGGACUGAUGUACCCCCAGAUUUUCCACAUAUUGACCAAGGGAGAGAUGAAGAUGCCAGUGUGUAUAGAGGAUGAGUGUAACUCUGAGCUGCCUCCUGCCUCGCUGCUGUUCCGUGCGGCCCGACAGUAUGCAUACGGCGUCCUCUUCAGUCUGGCUGAAACACACCGUCGCCUGGAGAGGCUCGCUCUCCGCAAGAGGGCUCCCCUGGAAGUUCCUCCAGUGAUUGUCAAAGAGUGGAGCAGCGGUAAAGCCAAGUCGGCCCUGACUCCGGAGCUGAUUCCGGCCCUGUGUUUCCGGGAGUGGACUUGCCCCAACCUGCGGCGGCUGUGGUUGGGCCGUGCCAGUGAGGACCGCUCCAGGAGAACCAGGGCCUUCCUUGCCUGCCUACGCUCUGACUGCCCAGCCCUCCUCAACCCAGCACAGGUCCCACAGCAUCUGCUGCUCAUGUGCUGUGUGCUCAGGUAUAUGAUGCAGUGGCCUGGGGGAAGGAUCCUCCAGAGACAUGAGCUAGAUGCCUUUCUGGCUCAGGCUGUUUCCAGUCAGCUCUACGAACCCGACCAGCUACAGGAGCUCAAGGUGGAGAAAGUGGAUGCCCGUGGUGUGCAGCUGGCCUCUCUCUUUAUGGCCGGCGUUGACACAGCGCUGUUCAUCAAUGAUGUCUGCGGCCAGCCGUUGCCAUGGGAACACUGCUGUCCCUGGGGCUUUUUUGACGGCAAACUGUUCCAGAGCAAACUGGCCCGGGCUGCUCGUGACCGGGCCGCCCUGCUGGACAUGUGUGAGGGGCAGGAGGAGCUGGUGUCCAAGGUGGAGAAGAUGCGUCAGGCGAUCCUCGAGGGCAUCAACUUCUCCCGCCCCCCUCCUCCUCCACCUCCUCUUCCACCUCCUGCCUUCCUCCCACCAACCAUGGUGCCCCCUUUCUACCCCAUGCCUCCAAUCUACCCACCUCGCCCCAUGGGCGGCAUGCCUCCUCAUCAUCACCCACAUCAUCCACAUCACCCAGCACAGCACAGACCCAGAGCCUUCCCAGGCAUCCAGUCCAUCCCCCCUCAGGGAGGGAAACUGGAGAUCGCUGGCAUGGUCGUUGGCCAGUGGGCUGGAAACAAACCAAUCCGUGGGAGAGGGGGGUUCAACAUGCAGGUGGUGUCGGUGGGAGCAGGGAGAGGGAGGGGUAAAGAGAUUCCAGCGAAAGUUAGGGGAGUGAAAAAGACACCUGCCAACAGAACACAGACGUCGUCACCGCCCCCACCCAGCUCUCCCCCAAAGCCCUCAGAGGAGGCGGGCUCCACGCCAGAGGUCGCGACUCAGCAGCUGAAUGGCAGCUCAGCAGCCUCCGCCAUCGGCCAGCCCUUGGAGCUGGCCCCCCUGGCCCAGCCAGUCCCGUGUGCCUUAGCCAGCAGAGACAACCAAUCAGAGGGGGUGGAAGUGGAGGCCCCCUGUUGCCUUGACGACUGCCCGUCAGACGGAGCACUACAGAAGGAAGAGUGAAGGCAUCCCUCCCAGGAUGCACUGCUCUGAGAGAGUUCUCUGUGUUCGACUGCCUUUCCCUGUUUUUGUAGCCCUGCCUGCUAGCUGUGCACAUCGUCACAUGGAGCAGGAAGUGAUCGGAGGCUCCUCCUCCUCUUACCUGCUGCUCCAUGUGAUAGGCUCAAGCAGUUAGCUGUUACUUCCUUUUUAGUUUUCUCAUGUGGUUUUACAUUGUUUUAUGAAGAGAGGUUUUCUCCAUGAGUCUGUAAGCGCCCCACCCCUCAAAAAUCCUAAAUGCCUCCCUCCUGCACUCAAAGUAAGAUAAGCUUGAAGCCCCCCCCCCAUUUAAAGCCACCUUUUAAACGAGCCCCCUAGUACGUAUGAGAAUCUGUACAGUUUGAAUUUAUUAUUUUGUGUUUUAAUGGUCCCAUUGUAUGAAUCUCUGCACACAGAUGUUAAGCUUGCGGUUACGGUGACAGAAUGGAUGUGGUUUCCAUGGUUACAGCAUCUAGGCCCGGUCGCCAUGGUUGGUAGUUGUGUGUUGAUGCGGUUUGUUGCCAUAGCCAUCUUGUGUGAGGUUUGUCUUACAUGAAUUCAGAGAGUUGUUCAGAGUUUGACUCUGGACAUGUGCAGCGACCCUCAUUCCCCAAACUCUGCAGGCUAGCAGCACUGCUAAACACACAGUGUUAGUAUACCUACUAACAACAAACCUCUAUAUUGAUUGAUUGGUUAUUAAUCAUAGGAGCACUUCUACACCACCAUGGUAUUGGCGUGCUAUCUCACUUUGACCUAUGUAGCAUAGCCUAGUGCUUAUCUGUGCUAAGAGACCCCAUGAAUUUAUGCACCUUAAGCCCCAAAGUAUGCAAGAUAUUACCCCGCUCCUCAAAAAAGAAAAAGUGCAUUAUUAUAUUAUCCUCCCAUCCCCCAUGUCCCUUUGUCCCAAAGCUUUGAUUGUAUUUCCCCAACAGAUGCACUUGAUGUUGUAUUUAAAUAUAUGGAAAAUUUAAAAAGCCCCUAUACAGGUUAAUUGACAGUGUGUGAGGGGUGUCCCCCGCGCAUAAGUAAAUCAUUAUGACAUGUAGAACUACAUUUAAAGGUAGAGAUCUAUUUGAGAGACGUCAGAAUGUGAACAGAGUGGUUUCAGACAAAGAAGCACUUUGUUUUAAAAAUGUUAAACCACACUGGACAGUCCUCUACCAGGUGAUAAAGAAAUGAAAAACUCUGAGGCACCUUCUGGAGUUAAAGGCCAAAAAGAAAAAGAAUAAUGCUGCCCGGCAAAAAGAUGGAAAUGAAUGGUAUGGAUCUGGGUUACUGCUGCCAGGCAGAGUUCCCUUCAGACUGGCCUCACGUUCAAUCAAGAACUUUGCAAUGAAGCUGAAAGGACUCCUGAUCUCCAUGUCAAGGAUUCCUGCAAAUCAGAUUUCUUAAAAGUUAUUUCCAAAGUGUAUUUUAAUACGGCUAGCCGACUGAGGCAGCCAGUGAUAUAAAAGGGGUGUGGCAACAACGCCUCAAAGAUCCCCCCACCUUCUGGUGGUGAUUGAGCAACACCGAGAGCUGUUGCCCCGCGGAGCUCCGGUGUGUCACUUUAGACCAACAGGAAGCACUUCCCUGCCCUGAAGUACCUCCGCCCAACACAGCAGAGGCUUUAUGGGUUGGAUCACAUGACAGAAGAGAGAGAGUGAGAGAGGCCUCAUGGCGGACCCGAGUGUGCCGCUCACAAUCUGAGACUUCUAAGAUAAUGAAUUGUUUUAUUAGAGCACUUAUGUUUGUAGAGAAUGAGAUGUGUCCCCCAUAGUAGAUUUCAUCUGACUACGGAAAUACAACUUACCAUUUACUGGUAGCACAACUGCAAAUGUAUAAGCAGUAGACCGACAGAUAACUGCCUGAGAGAUGCUGGCCAUGAACAUUGUAAUCUCUAUAAACUUACUACUAAGAGAGGUUGAAAUGAGCUCACUAUGUUAAAAAAAAAAAAAAGGCAAGUCAACAAGAAGCACCUUAUUUUCUUACUAUGUUGAUGACUUGUGCUCUAUCGUGUGCCACAAAAUUGACAUGGAAAAAGCUCUUCUGAAAUGCCAUUUUGAAGGACAAAACCCUGACUAUAUAUGUAAGUGUUAAUGUAGUCGCGUCAGACAUCCCCUCAGUUAUGAACUCAACCAUUACAGUGAAAUGCUGACAGUUCAGCCAGCCGUGAGUGUAGGCCUACGCUCAUCGUCACAGGGCUGGGCCACGCCGCCGUCUCUUACACCAACACCAAAUGAAACCAGAGGUUCGGACUUUGUUAGCCGAUAUCGGUAGAGAUGAAGCAUGUGAUUGCUGUAGGUGUUCAUAGGUUAAGAGUAGGUAACAGCGUCGGGCUUAACACAGGACUGUAAUAAACAGACACCAAGACUAGGCUAGAGAAUAUAGCUCCACUGGCCGAAAUACUAAGUCUAGAAUUACUAGGAGUCAUAUACUUAACUGCUUUCAACUUUUGACAUUAGUACAAAUACGUGUAUCGCAACAGUACAUUGUUAGAAGAUGGCUUUUUCUGCGGCGAGCCAGAGUGUGAUCUGGUAUACGAUGCCCUCUCUUGAUUCGCUCGCCAGACAACAGUAACACACACACACACACACUCACACACAUAAACAUACAUAUAUACACAAACACACACACACGACAGACAGGUAUUCAGUUGCAUUUGUUACCAGCAGCAUUCUCUCUGCUUUUGUGCUGAAGUGAUUUUGUGCAGUUUCAGUUCCCAGUGGAGUGGUCGUCAGUUCAUCAGAGAUCAUUUGGUAACACAUUCUACUGACUCUGAAAAUAAAUAAAAAAAAAUAUAAAUAAAUAAAUAAAAUAAAUCCCACACGUUCGAGUUUGCAUGGACGGAUUAAAAAAAAAAAACAACAAAAAACAGUACACGUUAGAGGUGUCCGGUAGGCACAGAAGCAACCAUAUAUCCACAACACAUCCACACACACACACACACGAACAUACACAAACACACACAGAUACAUAGAUGUUAAACCCUGAGUUACACAGUAGCUAGUAUGGAUUUAAAAAAAAAAAAGUCAACACAAUACAUGAUGUAGUGUCCCUCUCUUGUCCUUGUCUGUUUUAGUUCGAUAGAUAUUUGAUCAGUGAUUUUUAUGCUUGUUAUCCUAACUCCCCCGCCCACCCUGCUACGACACUUUCUCACCUCCCCCGUCCCUCUCUACAACCCCCAAACUGUUCAUUCAUUUCUUUUCUCCGCCCUCCAGUAUCCCCCAUAGAGUACACGCAGCCAUGCAUACACACAACACACACACAAACACACCGAUACCCACUGAUUCUCAUAAAAAACAGUCACACAUAAAACACACUCAGAUAUUUUACACACAGUUAAUCUCCCCCCCCUCCUGUAUCUCAGUUCUCUCUUUCACUCUCUCCACCUCCCUCUCUGCCUCUCCUUUAGCCCUUAGGACCGUUUCUAUUGGCCGUUUUUUUUUUUUCUCUCUCUUUUUCUCUGUGGGCUGCCCCGCCCCUUAAUCAACCCAACUAACAGUAAAGGUUAUAUUAACGUUGAUAAUCAGUUUCUGUAUGUAUCUAGCCAGAGUCUGGAAAAAAAAAUCAGAAAAAAAAAAAUCAAAAACGGUUUUAUUCAAUUGUGCAAAUGUGUUUUUUCUUACUAUUUUUAAUGUUAUUACAUCUUCUAAUCUAAUCCUUCUACCAUUGCUUCAGUUAGUACUGAAAUACGCUUAGCCAACCUAGAGAUUUGAACUGUAAUGAUUGCGAUUUUCCUUACCUGUAUUUUAUAUGGCAUCUUUAGACCACCGUUUAUUAUGUACGUAAGUAAAUAUUGCCCGUUUUUUCGAAUUGAAAAUCGUCGUCUGCACUAUGUAUUAUGAUUAUUCUCAUAAUAUCCCUGAUAACAAUUUUGUGGUCGACUCAUUAUCAAUCUAAGCUGAAGUCUGCGCCCUUGCACAAAGCAGCGAAACAUCUCUUGUAAACACCUGAGAACCAAAGUACACCUAGCAUCCCCCUCGACGCCCCUAUAAAGCCCCCAUAGUCCUCCUGCCCCCCGACCCCCCGACGUUGAUGGUUUGCCCCCCCCGAGUAACAAGUUUUCUGAUGAGUAUGAUUAUAUAUAUAUUAUGACAUUACAGCACGUGUGAUUUAUCUGACAAGUCUGUGAGGCAAUGGUGGUUUUUUUUUUCGUUUUGUUUUAAACACUGUGGAGACGCAGACAGACAGGGAAGAAGGAAGGAAGUGUGUUUGUGUGGACAGAGCGAGCGAGUAGCAAAAAAUGUUCAGGCUCGCUCGCUUGCUCACUCGCUCGUUUGCGCUCGCGCUCAGUCGUAUCUUCUCCAUUGACUGAAUUCAAGGUUGUGUGAACCGCCGCACGCGUUGACCUCAGAUCUACACUAAUAACACAGGAAGGAACGACACCUGACAAAUAUGCUUUCAGACGUGCUGGGGUUUUGGCGCCCUCUUUUGCAUUUUUUUUUUUUUUUGUCUCACGUGUAAUUGUUGCGCUCUCUCUCAAGCUUGCCUUUUAAAUUCUCAGAUCCAGAAUGAUAGAGCAACUUAUUACCACACCGAGUCGCUACAUGUGUGGGGAUGGAGGCUGUUGAAAGAGGCUGGAUUUUCCUCAAAUAAACAAAUCUGAGAUCAGCUGGUCUUCAAGUAGAAGUCACAAAAAAAAAUGUUUUCAUCUCAGCAUAAAUAAGAAGAGUGAGACUCAAACACGGUUUAGUCUAUAAAAGGAUGAAAUUGAUUAUUUUUAUUAAGGAAAAUGUCAGAAGUGGACUUGUUUUUAAUGCUUUAUAGAGCUGCACUGAUUAGUUGAUUAACAGAAAUUAAUUUAAGUCACUUUUAGAGCAAAAAUACCAAAUAUUUGCUCGUCCCAGUGCCUGAAAAAUGACGAUUUCAUGCUGAACUUUACCACACUGUUGGUUGAAUAAAACAAGUAAUUUGAUUUCAUCACACUGGGAAAAUGUUUAAAUUGAAACAAUAAGAUUAAUUGAUCAUGAAAAUGACUUUGUUUCUUUAUGUGACAUUAAACUGUAUAUCUAAACAAGCAAUUUGACAGCAUCGCCUUGGGCUUUGGUGGCCAUGUUAUACACCAAACUAUUAACGUUAACUGAGAAAAUAAUGCACUGAUUGAUUUGUAAUGAAACUUAUCAUUGCAGCACUAGAAAACCAACAAGUGUGGAGUUGUCAGCUGUUUACAAUCCAUGAAUUUGAGCACCAUUCAAAAAAAAAAAAAAAAGGAUUUCUGGUUCUUCCAGGAAGACGUAACGGCCAAAAAAUCUCAGCUUAAGUUGUCACGAGGAAAAUUCCGCCUCUCUGUGCCUGAUGAUGAAAUGAUAAGAGCAUCCUGCCUCGCUGCCUACGCAGAUGGGAGCUUCGCUGAAGAGCUCGACAAUGUAAAGAGAACCCAAAGUCCCAGAAUAGAAAUGUACUAUGUAGUGUUGUAGACGUUAAAACAGUGUUAUUGUCUGUCAUACAGAGUGUGGAAAGGAAUCAUCGGUUUUGUUGUACCUGUUCUGAUCUAUUUGCAGGAUUCUCACAGCAUUUUGUCCAGUUUGAAUAAAGGUCCCUAUUCUGUCUGUCUCUCUCUACACUGCCACUCCCCCCCUCAGAAGCUCCCCAAGCUCCAGUAUAAUCCCCCCAGCCCCGUCCCCCCAUGGAAGAGUCCCUGUCAAAGGGCUCGAGUUGAUCUUUGUGGGCCAGUUCUUGUCACGGUCAAUCACAGCCACAAGUCUGCCAAUGCAUGUACUUCUGUACCCAGGGCCACCUAAAACUACCUGUGCAGCGAAAAGGGUUAAAAUUUAUCCAUAAUAUUAUUGUUAUAGAAAUAUUAUCAUCAUCAUUAUUGCUGUUAUAAUUAUGGUUGGUAUAAUUUGUCAUCAUUGUUAGCAUUAUGGAAGCACCAGACUGUUUGUGGAAAGACGAGAAAAAGAAAGCUUUUUUUUUUUUUUUUUUUUAAAUUGUCUGGCUGUUGGUGGUCUGAUCUCACAGAGGGAGGGGAGGAAUGGUUCAGAAAGAGACAAAAGAUGGCAGUCAUGUUUGUACUGGUUGGGAAAUGACUUACAGUGCUGAAAUAAAAUUUAUUCUUUUAGUAAAAAAAAAGUA